AUGGCUCUCUUUGCUCGUUACCUCUUGCUUUUAUUGGUUGCCAUCUUCUUGUGCACUUCAGUGCUUGCCUUUAAAAGUACGCCACCUCUAAUCGGGAUCAAUGUUUUAUCACCAAAGACGGGUGCAGUUUUCAAGAGAAAUGAACCAAUAACUAUUAAAAUCGAAACCGAAGAACCAAAAACUCCCCAAAUUGAACAGCUUUACGGUGAACUUGUCUUAAGUUAUGAUUUAAAGCCCCGCCCCUCUCAACAAAUCGUAGUUGGAGUCUUGCACAAGCAAAUCACCAGUAGUGAUACAUUCACGUAUGAAUUUAUGACGGACAAACUGAGCUUUGGCUUGGAUACCGGAAAUUACACCAUCCGUAAGUAG